CUCCCUUCCUGCCCCGCGCUGUCUCUGACUGAUCUUCACGGGAUCCAUUGCGGGAAGACUUUACUCCUCUCAACACUUUUAAGAGGAUUAAAGUAUAGCCUUUCCUGAACUCUGUUGGAUGACUAUUAAAAAUGAGACUAAUAUGAUGCGCGAAGAAGCAAGUAUUCUCAUAUGCAUCAAUCAAUUGGACAUUAACACUCUGUUAAGCUUUCAAAUUGGAUGUGCAUCGAUUUCGGUUAUAAGGUGACAGUCAAUGAGUGAAGUCAUGAGAUCCUCCUCUUCCCGUCUGUCAAGUUUCUCAUCAAAAGAUUCCUUAUGGAAUUCGAGUCGGAUGCCGGAUCAAAUAUCGGUGUCCGAGUUUCUCUCUGAGACAACAGAGGAUUACAAUUCUCCCACUACGUCCAGCUUCACCACCCGACUGCAGAGCUGUAGGAACACAGUCAACGUCCUGGAAGAGGCUUUGGACCAGGAUAGGACUGCAUUGCAGAAGGUGAAGAAAUCAGUCAAGGCAAUCUACAGCUCAGGCCAAGACCACGUCCAGAACGAGGAGAACUACGCCCAGGCUCUGGAUAAGUUUGGCAGCAACUUCAUAAGCCGAGACAACCCAGAUUUGGGAACAGCCUUCGUCAAGUUCUCUACCCUGACCAAAGAGCUGUCAACCCUGCUGAAGAACCUGCUCCAAAGCUUGAGCCACAAUGUGAUCUUCACCCUGGAUUCACUGCUAAAGGGGGACCUGAAAGGCGUGAAAGGGGAUAUAAAGAAGCCCUUUGACAAAGCCUGGAAGGAUUAUGAAGCGAAGUUCACAAAGAUCGAGAAGGAGAAGAGGGAGCACGCCAAACAACACGGGAUGAUCCGCACGGAGAUAACAGGUGCUGAGAUCGCAGAGGAAAUGGAGAAGGAGCGCCGUCUCUUCCAGCUCCAGAUGUGUGAGUAUCUGAUCAAAGUCAACGAGAUCAAGACCAAAAAGGGAGUGGACCUUCUCCAGAAUCUCAUCAAGUACUACCACGCUCAGUGCAAUUUCUUCCAAGAUGGUCUGAAGACGGCGGACAAGCUGAAGCAGUACAUCGAGAAGUUGGCUGCUGACCUCUACAAUAUAAAGCAGACCCAGGAUGAGGAGAAGAAACAGCUCACAGCUCUCAGAGACCUGAUCAAGUCCUCCUUACAGCUGGACCAGAAGGAGUCUAGAAGAGACUCUCAGAGCAGGCAGGGAGGUUACAGCAUGCACCAGCUGCAGGGCAACAAAGAGUUCGGCUGUGAGAAGAAAGGCUACCUGAUGAAGAAGAGUGACGGGCUGAGGAAGGUGUGGCAGAGGAGGAAGUGUUCAGUCAAGGGCGGCAUGCUCACCAUCUCUCACGCUACGUCCAACCGGCAGCCUGUGAAACUCAACCUGCUCACCUGCCAAGUCAAGCCCUGCGCUGAGGACAGGAAAUGCUUCGACCUCAUUUCCCAUAACCGGACAUAUCACUUUCAGGCUGAGGAUGAACAGGAGUUUGUCAUCUGGAUCUCGGUGCUGACCAACAGUAAGGAGGAAGCCCUAAACAUGGCGUUCCAGGGUGGAGAGGAUGGAGGAGGCGGAGGAGAGGACGGCCUGGAGGAUCUGACAAAAGCCAUCAUAGAGGACGUGCUGCGCAUGCCUGGCAACGAAGUCUGCUGUGACUGUGGAGCUUCAGAUCCAAAAUGGCUGUCCACUAACCUGGGCAUCCUGACCUGCAUAGAGUGCUCUGGCAUCCACCGGGAGAUGGGAGUGCACAUCUCACGCAUCCAAUCCAUGGAGCUAGAUAAGCUAGGCACUUCUGAACUCUUGCUGGCCAAGAACGUGGGGAACAGUAGUUUCAAUGAAAUCAUGGAGGGAAACAUUCCUAGUCUCUCAGCAAAGCCCACUCCUUCAAGUGAUAUGACAGUGAGGAAGGAGUUCAUCAAUGCUAAGUAUGUGGACCACAAGUUUGCACGGAAGACCUGUACGUCUUCGGCAGCUAAGACCAUCGAGCUGUGCGAGGCUGUCAAGUCCAGGGACCUGCUCUCUCUCAUCCAGGUUUACGCCGAGGGGGUGGAGCUAAUGGAGCCCCUCCCUGAGGGGGGGCAGGAGGCUGGAGAGACUGCGCUCCACUACUCGGUGCGCACGGCCGACCAGACAACCCUGCACCUAGUGGACUUCCUUGUGCAGAACAGUGGGAACCUGGAUAAGCAGACGGACUGGGGCAACACUGCCUUGCACUACUGCUGCAUGUAUGAGAAACCAGAAUGCCUGAAACUACUGCUGAGAGGCAAACCAGCCACUGACAUCACCAAUCAGAACGGUGAGACGGCUCUGGAUGUUGCCAGGCGAAUGAAGAACAGCCAGUGCGAGGAAGCACUGGUGCAGGCUGAAGCGGGGAAGUUUUACCCUCACGUUCACGUGGAGUACGAAUGGAGCCUGAGGCUUGAGGAGAUGGAUGAGAGCGAUGACGACCUGGAUGACAAGCCCAGUCCCAUAAAGAAGGAGCGCUCCCCGCGGCCCCAGAGCUUCUGCCACUCCUCCAGCCUGUCUCCCCACGACAAGCUGUCCCUGCCUGGCUUCAUCAGUCCCCGGGACAAGCAGCAGCGCAUGUCCUACAGCGCCUUCACCAACCAGAUGUACUCCGCCUCCACCGACCUCACUUCCUCCCCCGUGGCCGACGCCCCGCCCCUGCCCCCCAGGAACCAGGGAAAAGCUCCUCCCUCCGCCCUAACCCCCGGGGGCAGCUCCACCCUGUCCAAGAAGAGGCCUCCGCCCCCUCCCCCCGGACACAAACGCACCCUGUCCGACCCGCCCAGCCCGCUCUCCCACAGUAGAGGGGGCAUAUCCGGGGGAAGUGAUUCCACUCCUCCACCUGCAAACAAGAUGUCACCUUUAUCCAACAAGUUUGAGGGCAUUCCGCAACAGCAAAGCACUACUUCUAGCAACACAAAGUCAACACUUGGUCCAAGAGUUUUACCCAAACUACCUCAGAAAGUGGCACUGCGCAAGAUUGACACCAUACACCCGUCAAUGGACAAACCCGGCCUGCCAAUGGAGGUGCUCCAGAAAUCCCCUCCAGGACCUGAAUGCCUAACGAAAGCCAUCCUACCUGACAAGCCCCAGCUAAUAGACCUUCCCCCCAAACCGCAGCCAUCUGACCUGCCCCCAAAACCUGGAGAACUGCCUCCCAAGCCCCAGCUCUCCGACCUCCCGCCCAAACCGCAGUUAGGGGACCUACCUCCCAAACCCCAGCUCAAAGACCUACCACCCAAGCCUCAGCUCUCCCAAGAUGGACAUCCGAAACCAGGGCUGGCUGAUCUGCCAAGUCCGAGACCAUCCCCCGGAGAGCCUGCACCCAAGCCGCCGGAAUCACCGGCGACCAAUCAGCAAGCAGAGCGGGAUAGCCCGUCCCCUCAGGGCAGCGAAGACACCAAUGGGAGCCCAGCCUGCGCUCCAGAGACACCAGUACCCUUGCCCAGGAAGAUCAACACGGUGAAGACCAAAUCUCGGCGGGUGAAGACCAUCUACGACUGUCAGGCGGACAACGACGACGAGCUGACGUUUGUGGAAGGAGAGGUGAUCAUAGUGACGGGGGAGGAGGACGGCGAGUGGUGGAUUGGCCACAUCGAAGGACAGCCGCAGAGGAAAGGGGUGUUUCCAAUGUCCUUUGUCCACAUCCUAAGUGACUGACAGCCAGACGAGGCUUGCACUAAGGCUUCUGCCCCCUCCCACUCCGCCCCUCCCCCAGAAGCGCCCUGUGUACUGUAAAUAACUACUGGAACAACCUGAAAUGAAAACCUGUGUUCUUAAGAAAACAAAAACGACAAAAUGAAGAAACCCAAGUAGGCUCAGUUUUCCACUGGAUGCUGAGCACAUCCGUGUUGUAAAUAAAACCUGUGUAUUCUCCCCCUGACCAGUAUUAUCUUAACCUUAGAGCACGGCAUAUGGCUGCCGGAGCCUUUUAAAACCUAGCACUUACCCAGAAGUCUAUGUUUAUGCUGUUAUUGUGUAUAUAUGUAUGUAUAUAUAUUUCUGUGCGUGUGUGUGUGUGUGUGUGUGUGUGUGAGUGCGUGUAUAGACAUGUUUUAUUGCACAAACAUGUACGAGCGGACGUGUUCGCUGCCUGCCAGAUAACCGAGUAUCGGGGACAGCCGUGGAAUUUGAUCCGUACUCAUUUUACCGGUCAUCACUGAUAUCGUCGCUCGCAGUUCUGAACGGGGGCCGGAUAAGUCGACGGACUGUGAAAGAGAUCAUGUCACUAGUCUCACCGCUUCCUCCUCGCACGCCACGUUACGACAGAAGAGGCACAAUCCCAAGAGUCAUGUGUCUCCGACUGAAAACCUACCAACUCACCCGAGGAUGAAAUAUGUAUUCAUUCAAAGUGUUUCCUUGUUCUCAGUCGCUGUGUGUACACCUAUUAGGACUGUUUUACAGCUGCUACUGUAUGGUGGAAUAUCAAACCCCUGUGAAAGGUCACAGGUCACCAGUAGUUUACCCUUAAUGACAUUACUGUGUGACAAGUCAUCUCCACUCUGUAGGUCUUACUGUGCAUGGUGUUUAAAAUGACUGGAUUUGUGCAGAGUGCUGUUUAAAAAAAAUACAACUCAACUCAGGGUUUGAAGAACCACUUCUGAUAGCCACUAACACGUCUGAGCUCAGUCUAAGCAAUAAUUGGUGAACAAUCCGAUGGCCUAGGGCGAGAUGACAAAUGACAUUUCAAACUUAAUUUCAUGAGAUGAAGACCACAACAGUUAAGAAACUAAAUGUAGCCAAUGUGGAUAUAUAAUCUAUCCCAAAAGAGGCAGUCAAAGCAGAAUGUUAAGUUUGCCUGUCAGUGCUAUCCUUAGAAAGCUGAAUAAUUUUGGACGACAGGUCACUGCAAAUAAAGGAAGUUGGAUUGAUGUACUUUCACUCCAUUGACACGUCCCUCUGGUUUACAACCCCAUGUAAAGGUAUAGCUACCCCAGUCAUUCCAUUGUAUUAAUAAAAGUGUUUUGUUGUAAUUCA